UGCAACGCCUAGUUGGCGCGCCAGAAGCGGCGACACCGAUCGAUCCAGUUGGCGGCAAUUCAUCGACAUGGGAGAUCAGCGACCCCAGUUCUUCACGGUGUUGCCGUCCGCUAGCCCGAAGAACAUGACAGUAGUGAACGGCCACUCGCGGCAGAAAACCCCAUCGCUAACCGAUGCAGCCACUUCCCGCGCGAUGAGGAGGCGAUCUGGCUUGGAUUUGUUGUCCAAGGAAGUGUUGGCAAAGAUGGCAUACCGGAGAAUGCGGGCGAAGCGACGGCUCAUCAGCGCGAUACCUUCUGCGUUGAAUCGGCAGUCGUCGACGCAUCUUCAGGAACUAGAGAGCGACGCAAGUGCCGCCAAUGGUGGACCGCAGACAACCCAAACCAUGACGCUGUCACUUCCCGUGAACGAACACCACAAGCACACUGGCUUGCUCGAUCUCCUCAUGAAACCAGUGAUUCAAGUCAGCGCAAUCGACCGACCUCAACCUGUCCCAGUGCCUUCGACCCUACUCCCCCAGUCCUUCUUGGACGACAACCCCACGCCCACCGAAUUGACCGACGCAGACAUUAUCCUGGACCCGGCCUCGGUUCCUCUACCGGAGCUGCCGACGAGCAAUCAAACGACAGCCGCUGCCAUGCACUUUCCGUCUUACGUUGCACCCGUCGACAUUGAAGAAAUGGCUAAAGCUCCGCCCAAGGUAUCCGUGCACAGCCACCAGAAGCGCCUCCAGGGUACCAACACAAUCGGGGCGGGCGGGCGCGAUGACCCUGGUGGAAGUGCCGAAAUGGAAGAGAUCGACAAGAAGCGCGCCGAGAUGCAGCUCGCCCCGCUCAGCGCCGGCCCCAACGACGUGCAGUUCGAGGUGAAAUUCCUCAAGAAAUUUGUCAACCGAUCGCGGGUGCUCAAGAAGUACAUGCACCCGAACGCAUUGACGCGGGAGCUGGCCGGCGGCGACGGCCGGCGCGACUCGCUCUUCAACGUCAUGGACAACCCAACCGACAUUCGAAUGGGCGGCGCGGAUGGCAUGACGCUUAGCAUGCCUCGAACGCCGCCCCUCGGGUCCAUGCACCAUCCCAACCGUCCACGAAACGUGCUCCUCGGGAGUGACGACGAUGGCGACACCGCUCCCGGCGCCACGAUCGUACACGCAUCGCACCGACACAUCAUCUCGCUCGAAGCGCGCCACAAGGACGUUCAAAGUCUCCGGCACGCGCCGACGGCCGACUUGGACGACGAAGACGACGGUGCCCGCCGCCGCAGCACCAACUUGUUUCAAAAGUUCUGCCAUCACAUUGUCCAGAAACAGCGCACCAAGUACCAGGUCCGCGUCAGUGUAAACAUCAUCAGCGAGAUCGACAACGCCGACGCGAGCGACCCAGUCAAGAAAAAGGCUCCCGUCGCGCGGCGGCAGCACGAUCGGGACGCCGCCAAAGCAUUCCUCUCGGGCGUCGACGCCGUCCUGUCGCUGGACGAGUUGUACGACGAAGCGGUCGUGGCCGAGAAGGCGCGCCACUGGCGACGCGCGACGAUGCUCGCGUCCGCGUGCAUCAGCAUCGAGAAGGACUGGAUCGAGCCGCUGCUGCUGCGCGCGAGACUGUGCCGCCGCCUCGGGCUUUGGACGCAAGCACUCAAGGACCUGACGUCGGCGCUGCGCCUGUGCCCCAACCACCCGCGCCUGCUCCUCCAACGAGCCCACAUCCACACGCAAAUGCAAGAAUUCCACUCGGCCAUCGUCGACCUCUCCCACGUCCUCAACCAACAGCCCAACUCGGCCGACGCGCUGCUCCUCCGGUCCAAAGUGUACGCCAAGCAGGGGCAUACGUCGCUGGCGCUCAAGGACCUUUCGACAAUUGUGAAGACCGACCCGCAGAACUGGCGCGCAUUCUACGAGCGCGCGUACCUUCGGCACCGGAUGAUCGAAGGCAUGGCCGACGGCAGCGCCACGGCGCCAGCGGGGUCCAAGGACAAGGCGGACAGCGACGCGACUGCAACGGUCAUGAGCAUCCCGUCGCUGAUCGGGCUGACGAUCGACGACUACAUGAACGCGAUUCGGACAGGGUGUGCCCUGCAUGACGUGGUCGAAACGAUCGGCGACCUCACGAUCCGCUUGGUCGAGUGGACGCACGAUGCAAAGCACUGCCUCCACGUCGUCGCGGGGCUCACGGCCUUGAUUGCGGUCAUGGACGACGCGGACGCGAGAGUGAAGGACCGCCGGCGGCUGGCCAAGGCGGCGUCCACCCACGACUCGACCGUGUGCGAGAUGGAAGAGGACCGGCUGGCCAAGAUCAUAGCAUGUUUGCUCACGCAGCGCGGCCGGCUCUACAUCCUGAUGGGGCACCACGCGCGGGCAUCCGUCGACCUGGACCGCGCCGUCAUCAUGGACUAUCACUACGCGCCGGCGCACUUUUUCCGCGGCGCCGUCGCCAGCGUCCACGCAACCGACGACGCGACCCGCAAGGCCGUCGUCCAGCACUUGAAUCGGUGCAUCCACCUCGACCCGACCAUCACGGGCGCGUACAUUGUGCGGGGCGGCCUCUAUGGCGCCGAUCUCCGGUUCAACAACGCCCUGCAAGACUUCAAGGCAGCGGUCACGAUCGACCCGACGCUGGACGACAUUUGGAUUCAAAUUGCGAUCGUGUUUUUGACGCACUACCACGACUGCGACGCGUGCGCCAAGGCGUGCACCCGAGCGCUCAAGAACGACUUGGGGCUCACGCAAGCUCUCCACCUCCGCGGCGAGGCGCUCGCGCGCCAGGGCCACGUCAAAGCUGCGAUGCGGGACUUUGUGCGGCUCGUGGUGAUGCAGCCGACCGACCGGUUCGCCCACUUGAUGAAGGGCAAGCUCCUCCUCCAGCUCGACCAUGCGCGGCCGGCGCUGUACGCGUACAAACAAUUCAUGGAGAUGGGCGCCGAGCACGAAUCGCUCGAUCGCAUCACGCGCGGCAAGGCGUACAAGAUUCUAUCGCAGCAUUCGCAAGCUGUCAAGGAAUUCAAGCUGGCCGUCGACGCGAACCCGACACCAGAAAACUUGUGCCUGCUCUCCGAGUCGCUCCACUCGAUGGGCGAUACGGAAGCGUCGCUGCACGUAAUCAACCUCGCGAUCGAGUCGGACCCAGCGUGCGCCCGGAGCUACGUGCGGCGGGCGCAGUGCUACAUUGGGAACCAUGCGUACAAGACUGCCAUCCUCGACUACGACCUCGCGCUGACGCUGGCCGACAAGUCGGAGCUGUACCGAAUGUACUACGAGCGCGCGCUGUGCCGCAGCCAGCUCCUGAGCAAGGCGUGGAACCAGCUCGACGCGAUGCAGCGCGGCGAGCGGGUGCCGUGCUACUACGAAAACAACUUUCGGCCUGGGAAUGACGUCCCCGCGACGCUGCCGGCCGCCGACAUGAACGUCAUGUGCAUGACGGCGUUUAUCAAGCACACGUAUGUCGAGACCGCCAACGAUUUUGCCCGGUGCAUGAAGGCGAGCCACGUCAUGUGCGAGCCGUACAUCGAGCGCGCCGCGCUGUACGUUGCCGGCGGCGAAUUCAACCGGGCGUACCAAGAUCUCGCGACCGCCCUCCAGAUCGAUCCGUGUAAUCUGCACGCGUACAUUAGCGCCGGCGUCCUCAAAUGCCGCUUCUCCAUGUACACGGCCAGCAUCGAGUGCUUUGAUCAGGCGCUCAAGCACCAUCCGACCAGCGCGCUCGCGUAUUACAACCGGGGCGUGGCGUACCAAAUGCUCAAUGUGUGGGCGCAGGCCGAAUCGGACUACACGCGGUCGAUUGCGCUGGACCCGACCAACGUGGACGCGGUGCGGAAUCGCGGCCUCGCGCGCUGCCACUUGCUGAAUUUUCCAGGAGCGGCGCACGAUUUUGAAGACGUGUACAAGCACGCGCCCGACGACAUGGACGUCGUUAUGGGCCUCGGGUACGUCUACCUAAAGCUGAGCCGGUUCACGGAAGCGAUCGCGCUGUUCAAGUCGCACGCGAGCCACAACCCCACGGCGACGGAAGCGUACGUGGAUGCCGGCAAUACGUAUUUCACGAUGGCCAUGUGCCUCGCGGACGCAACGACGGCCGCGUCGGCCGUGGUGCUUCCCGCGGCGACGUCGUCCAAGGCCGACUCGUACAAGUCGUUGAUGCAGCAGGCGAGGCAUUGCUACCUGCGUGCGGUUCGAAUCAACCCGACCGACGUCGCGGUCCGCCUCAACCUGGCGGCGCUCUUCCGCGCGCGCCACGACAACGCGAAUGCUACGCGGCAGUACGACAUCGUGAUGGCGAUCGACCCAACCAACCAAGACUUGCACGAUGAGAAAGCCAUGAUGUUGCUGGAGAACGGUCGAUUUCGCGACGCGAUCGAGCACAUGCACGCGGCGGUCGCAAUCUCCGUUGGACUCUGUCCGAUCGUUGAAAUCGAGUACGCGCUCUUGGUCAAGAACAAAUCGAUGGCGCUGCACGAGUGGACCCGCCGGCGCCAGGUCAUGCCACGUACCGCGUCGCCACACGUCGCGACGGCCAUGGAUGGCCGCGAUGGCAAGAAGCGGCGCAUGUCCGUGUCGGCCGACGACGUGCUGGCCGACAAACAGUCGAUAGUCGGCAUCAAGAAGACGCUGUCCAUGCACCUGGCGAACCGAGGCAAGGUGUACGAGCAGAUGCAGGACGUCGCCGCGGCACGGGAGGACUACCUGAAUGCCAUCUACUUCGACCCCGUCGCGUUUGACGUGUACUUUCACCUGGGAACGCUCGCCCUCGACGAACGCAAGCUGACCGACGCCAUCGAGUUCUUCGCGCAAGCAUUGGUGCUCAACCCGAAGCUCGGCGUCGCGCACGUCAACUUGGGCGUGACGUACCUGCUCCUCGAUGCCUAUGACGACGCGAUGCACCACUUGAACGCGGCGGGCGACAUCAUUCCAGAUUGUGGCUUUGUGUGGGCGAACAAGGCAUGCGUGCACAUCAAGCAAGGCCAUGUCGACGACGCCCUGCGCAACUUUUCGCAUGCGAUGAAGUGCAUGCCGACGUUUGCACCGCUGUACGUGUACCGCGGGCGCGUCCUCGCGUCCCAGAAACACCUGCACGACUCGAUGGUCGACUUUGCCGCCGCGCUCCAGAUGGGAUUCACAGGCGACUUGUAAUCUCUCGUCAUAACGACCUCCAUCGUCA